GAAGUUCUUGCUAACCAGCGGGGCACGCGACAAAAAUGCAGCGCGCCCCUCAAAUCAUUAGAAGGGGAGGACGCCGUAGACCUCCGUAGGAUCCAAACGGGGGGUCUUUCCAAACUUACAAAGAUUAAAAACAAAGGGUUUUUUUUUUUUUUUUUUUUGAACUCUGUAUGGGCACGCCUGUCCGUGGUGUGGCGGCUGGCCAUCGCUAUAUCACAUUUCGUAGGGUUGCCAAAACAUACCAGCAAACUUAAAUAUCUUUUUAGGUAAAUUUAAACUAUCAAACACUUUGGAGCAAUUGGAGGCACAACUCGCCAGCUCUGACCCGGAGGUACAGCUUGCGCUUCUGGGUCACGUCAGGCAGGCAGCAGAAGCAAGUGGAGCGCUGGACUUGGGUCCCCACCCAUCGAGCUCAUAACCCCUUACCCGAACCCCUUUUCAAUAAAGUUAUUCUUCUUCUAUGCUGGACGCUGUUUCGAGCCAUCGCGGCAGGCAGAUGUGUCCCCGCUGCACCCACCGAGAGAGUCUCGCGCGCCGGCCGAAAGAAGAGGUUCGCGAGCGCGGGCGCUAGGCCCCGACGGAAGCCGCAGCCGGAGCUUCGUUCCCCUCCAAUGUCGUGGGCUGUGCUCGCCCGGGCGCUCCUGGUGGCCGUCCUCCUGCUGCUGGACGCCGGACGCCGCGGGCAUGCCGCCUCCCACGACGGGCAGUCUCCGGUGGCCGAGCUCACCUGGUGGCGGCAAGUGGCCGAGGAAGCCAGCGUCAAGAACAGCGCCUCGUCAACGCCGCAGUCAGGAGGGAGCAGCCAACAGCCCUCCAGCGGCGGCAACGAUGGCGUCAUGGCCGUGGCUGAGGUCGGCAAGCCGGGCAAGAUCGUGCUGCUCUCGCCUGGACAGCUGCUCAACGACACCGGCGCGUACCGCGUAUCCGGCGACGAGCGCGUCCGCAAGGCGGCAGGGUUUGAGAUCGCGUACGACUACUACUUCAAGCCUCAAGACCCGAGCGUGCCGAACAACAACUUCAAGAGCAUGACCAAGAAGUCGAUGCCGCUGAUCCUGGCCACGUCCUUCCUCAUCAUCUUGAUCGUGUGCAUCGCUGUCUGCAUCAGCGGCAUCUGCUGGGAGCGCACGCGAAGGCUGGUCGCAUCGCGCAUGUCGUCAGGCGGCCCCGUGGAACCGUCCGACAUGACGGCGCGAAACGCGGCCGCGGGCGACUCGGGAAUGUCUGCCUACGGCAACGACAAGUACAUGAUUUGACGCGCCGUCACCAGCACCGACAUCGCGGCGUCACAUCAGCGCAUACGUCAUCGUCACCGCCUUAUAGGGGGAAAGAAAGACCGUCGUUCCCUGCCAGGCUUCGUUCACACAGAAACGUCUUCGAAGGGGCCGGAUGCGCAUGAAGCGUUCUUUAAGAAAACGACGACGCAAAGAAUAAAGAAAAU